GCUGUUUUUACGACACUGAUUUCACAAUUGAAUUAGAUAUAAAUCGGAAUUUAAAACCAUUAAUUUAGAAUAGUAAAAAGUUGUAGGUAACAAAUGUACAAAUUAAAAAUACGACAACGUAACUAAAACUUUAGGCCCGUCUGCAGUAGUAUAUGUGGCUAGAAAUUGCAAUUCGUGGGUCUAUAAACUGAUCAGGUCUCCCUUCUUCCCCUUAACAACGUUGUUCUUCCGGCACUGGUUGGUUUACACUAUUUAAGAGAUGGAGAUCAGUAUAAAGGAGUCUACCAUUGUUCGUCCAGCUGAAGAACACACUCCCAAAGGAAGUAUAUGGAACUCCAAUUUAGAUCUAUUGAUUUCAAGAUACCACGUCCCUACUGUAUACUUUUACAAGCCAAAUGGUUGUUCUGAUUUCUUUGAUACUGGAAGGGUUAAAGAGGGUUUGAGCAAGGUUCUUGUCCCAUUUUACCCUAUUGCAGGAAGGUUGGGGUAUGGUGAAAAUGGAAGACUUGAGAUAAUAUGCAACGAUGAAGGAGUUCUAUUCGUUGAAGCUGAAACUAGUUCAGUGUUGGAAGAUUUGAUUGGUAAUGAUGAUUUUACUCACAACUCUCAACUAGUUCCUAAAGUCGACUAUUCUGGAGGAAUAUCCUCUUAUCCACUUCUUGUGGUGCAGGUAACUAAGUUCAAAUGCGGUGGUGUUUGUAUGGGAGUUGGGCUUCAACAUACUUUAGGAGAUGGCACAUCGGCUAUUCAUUUCAUCAAUAGUUGGUCUGACACCGUCCGAGGCGUCCCGCCUGCCAUUGCACCAUUCAUUGAUCGAACCCUUCUUCGUGCUCGAGUACCACCAACGCCUAAAUUCCACCAUCUUGAAUAUGAGCCUUCUCCUCCACUGAAGGCUGCUGAAUCUGAUCUUAAGCCAUCCACUGUCUCCACAUUUAAGCUUACAGUUGAUCAAUUGAAUGCUCUGAAAGCAAAAGCUGCUGCAAACAGUAGUGGUACAAAGUAUAGUAGUUACAACAUCUUGGCUGCACAUAUAUGGCGCUGCGUAAGUAAAGCAAGGGGUCUCUCAGAUGACCAACCUACCAAGAUGUACUUUCCCGUUGACGCUCGAUCUAAAUUGAAUCCUCCUCUCCCACCAGGCUACUUCGGUAAUGCUAUCUUUAUAAAUGCACUCGUUACUCAAGCUGGUGAUCUCAACACUGAAUCCUUUCUUGAUACUAGUAAGAGGAUCCAUGAAGGGUUAAAGAAGAUUAAUGAUGAAUAUUUGAGGUCAGCUCUUGACUACAUUGAAACAGUGUCUGAUUUAAGCACUUUGGUAAGAGGGCCGCACACUUUCCGAUGCCCAAACCUCGCUGUAAACUCUUGGUUGUGGUUGCCUAUCUAUGAAGCAGAUUUUGGAUGGGGUCGCCCCAUUCAUGCGGGGCCAGCAGAUGUCAAUAAUGAAGGCAAAGUUUUAAUACUGCCAACUCCCAUUAAUGAUGGGAGCUUGUUAGUGGUAGCUCGCUUGGAGAUUUCUCACAUGUCAUGUUUUGGGAAACUCCUUUAUGAAUUUUAGUAAGAGAUGUGGUGUUUUGAUGUACUCCUUUAUGAGUUUUAAUAAUUAUGUCACUGCUUAUGCAUAGAGCACUGUUGUAAUAAAUGAAAAAUGAUCCCAUGGUGAUGGAGAACCCCAUCCAUUCAGUUAUAAAAUAAAGCAAUAAUCUCAAAUUUAGUUUUUAA